AUGGAACCAGGGAACCUGACAGGAGUUUCAGAAUUUCUUCUUCUGGGACUUUCAGAAGAACUGAAAUUGGAGCCCUUCAUAUUUGGGCUUUUCCUCUCCAUGUACCUGAUCACUGUGUUUGGAAACCUGUUCAUCAUCUUGGCUGUCAGCUCAGACUCCCACCUGCACACACCCAUGUAUUUCUUCUUCUCCAACCUGUCCUUUGUGGACAUCUGUUCCACCUCCACCACCAUCCCAAAGAUGCUCCUGAACAUCCAGACUCAGAGCAAAGGCACCCAGAUGUAUUUUUUUGUACUAUUUGUAAUGUUGGACAUCUUUCUCCUGACUGUGAUGGCCUAUGACCGGUUUGUGGCCAUCUGCCACCCCCUGAACUACAGGGUCGUCAUGAACCCCAGGCUCUGUGCACUGCUGGUUCUGGUGUCCUGGAUCUUGAGUGCCCUGGAUUCCUUUUUACAGAGCUUAAUGAUGUUGCAGCUGUCCUUCUGUACAUACUUGGAAAUCCCCCACUUUUGUGAACUCAAUCAGAUGGUCCAACUUGCCUGUUCUGACACUUUCCUCAAUGAUAUGGUGACAUAUUUUGUGGCUGUGCUGCUGGCUGGUGGUCCCUUUGCUGGGAUUCUUUACUCAUACUUUAAGAUAGUCUCCUCAAUACGAGGAAUUUCAUCAGCUCAGGGGAAGUAUAAAGCAUUUUCCACCUGUGCAUCUCACCUCUCCGUUGUUUCCUUAUUUUAUUGUACGGGCCUAGGUGUGUACCUCAGCUCUGCUGCUACCCACAGCUCACACUCCAGUGCCACAGCCUCAGUAAUGUACACUGUGGUCACCCCCAUGCUGAACCCCUUCAUCUACUGUCUGAGGAACAAAGACAUGGAGAGGGCUCUGAAAAAAUUCUUUGGGAUGGCAGGUAUAAAAGGACCAAUUGUCCUAAGGCUCGAGAAGCAUCCGUGA